UACCAGAAGUCGACGGAGCUGCUCAUCCGCAAACUGCCGUUCCAACGCCUCGUUCGUGAAAUCGCCCAAGACUUCAAGACUGAUCUGCGCUUCCAGUCUUCGGCUGUGAUGGCUCUUCAGGAGGCUUCCGAGGCCUACCUCGUCGGUCUCUUCGAAGACACCAACUUGUGCGCCAUCCAUGCCAAGCGUGUCACCAUCAUGCCCAAGGACAUCCAGCUGGCUCGUCGUAUCCGUGGAGAGCGUGCUUAA